AAUGGCAGACAAGCAACAAAAACGAUGGAGGAAAAUUUUGUACGAAGACCAAAGCGUUCCAGACAAUUACGUGGAUUCAUCAUUUUUAGAUGAACUCCAAAAGAACCUACAUACAAGGAAGUAUGAUUAUUGGACAGUUUGUGAACAGUCAGGGGAAGUAACUCAACAGAUAAGCAGUCUAGGACUGUUUGUUGUAGCAUAUGUAUACAUGGAGAAUGGCUGGUUAUCACCACACACUUUAUUUACCAUAACAACGACAUUGACCUGUAUAGGAUACCUAUUAAAGAUGUACAUAGAACACUACUAUCAAGAUACUACCUCUAACAGAACAUUUUUAGAUGAUAUAAAGACGGCACUGGUUUUUGCUGGUUUUAGUUAUGGACUGUCACCAGUACUUGUUUCCUUGACAGAGACAAUAUCAACAGAUACAAUAUAUGCCAUGACUACCAUGAUGUUGCUUGGCAACCUUGUAUUUCAUCAUUAUGGUGCCAAUGCAGCAUUAGUAUCAGAAGCAUUAUCAUUAAAUGCAGGAUUGUUUGCCUCAGUAUGUCUAGCUUCAAGAUUACAUACAACAUGGCACUCAUUUUCUACUGUUACAUUCUCAAUAGAAAUUUUUGGCUUGUGGCCAAUGUUGAGAAGAAAUCUCAGGAAACAUAUACCACAGACACAAAGAUGGUUAACAUUCCUGCUCAUGAUCAUCACCAGCAUGUUACUAUGGACAUUUUCUACAGUGGCAGCCAUAUUUUAUAUUAUAUUAUUUCUUUUCAUCACAUUUAUUUGUCCUGCAUGGUUAGUCAGUCUUCAGCCAUUGAAAAAUAAUAUACACGGACCAUGGGAUGAGGCUGUUAUAGAAGAAAAGAAAGUAAGCUGAUGACGGACAUGAAUUAAUUACAAAAUAGCUUUCUCUUUGUUCAAAUUAACUGAAUAUGUGGUGAACAAUAUCCAAUUAAUUUUUCAUGUUGUAAAGUUUGACCGACCAUGAAUGCAACAUGCAGUUAUGAGUAAAAGACAAUAAAAUACAACACUCAGUUGCUUGAUUCACAAUUUGAUUGUGAAAAAUAAAAUUAGUAUUUUGAAA